UCAAAAUUGAUAUUUGUAUUAGAAAUCAAUCAAUAACACAAUGAAGCAACACGUCGUUUUAGCUCUAGCAGCUACUGUUGUUUUGGGACUCACAAAAGGAGUUCUAUCAUUUCCGACAGAACAAGAAGAAACAAUUUGGCCUAUUCCCCAAUAUAAUGGAACCUUUCUUUGGAUGACGGAGGAUCAAGCUAUUGAAGAGGCCAAUCUCGCUAAAGAAGAUGGUAGCCGACAGACUUUUGAUAAGAUCAAAUUUUUCCUCUACACCGCGGCAAAUCCAACAAAACCAACUGAAAUCAUCAAGGACGAUCCUGAGUCAUUGGCUCGUUCAAACUUUGAUUUCAAAAACCCUACUAGAUUCUGGAUUCAUGGCUGGGGAGGUGGCUACAAGGCUGUAGAACCUGUUCGUGAUGCACUCUUAUUGAACGGAACAAACAAACAGUACAAUAUAAUUUCAGUCGAUUGGACAGUGUACUCUACAUCGACUAUGUACAUUUCAUCUCAAAGAAGUUGUCCAAAAGCUGGAAAAAUAAUUGCAGAAUUCAUCGAUUGGAUGCAUAACGAGGCUAAAUUAUCUUUCGAUACUUUAGCAAUCUAUGGACAUAGUUUGGGUGCACAUGUUGCUGGAUUUACUGGAAAAACUGUUAAGCGUGGAAAAGUUCAUACUAUCGUAGGAUUGGAUCCAGCUAUGCCACUUUUUCGAUUCAAAAAUUCUGAGAAACGUUUAGCUAGCACCGAUGCUGUGUAUGUGGAAACAAUUCAAACUAAUGGUGGAGUUUUGGGUUUCUAUAAUCCAAUUGGAAAAGCAACAUUUUAUCCAAAUGGUGGACAGGCACAACCAGGAUGUAGCAAGGAAGAUUUCUUUUGUUCCCAUGGAAGAUCUGUUGAGUAUUUUGCUGAAGCAUUGAGUCAGGAGAAGAAGAACGCAUUUGUUGCUGUUGAAUGUAGUGAUUUGGAGAGUAUGGAAAAAGCUAAUUGUGGUAAGAGAUUACCACGAGUGCGUUUGGGUGAUCCAAAUAAUGCUAAAAAGGCUAAAGGUAUUUACUAUUUAUCAACAAAUAGUGAAGCCCCAUAUAGUAUUAAGAAAUUAUGAAAUUUAUGAUUAAUAUGUAAGAAAUA